UCCAUUGCAUGCACACUCUGUCUGAAAAAUAUAUCGGUGCGCAAGCGUACCCAGCGCAAACACCACCAGCAAUGGCCUGGACCUAGUGAAAAAAUCUUCCACCGCUCUGCGAAAAUGUCCCGUGUAAAGAUACGCACCCAAAAUUUACAGAUUACAAAGAAUUGUGAGAUGUGACGAAAAACAUUGCAAGUUAUUGCCACUCAACCGAGAAUGUUUUGAUACUCUCAAUGAGUCCCCAUUCUCUCGAUUUGUCUCACUUUUCCGGCAAUAUCGAUUACAUCGGUCCGGUGUUAUGAAUAUCCUGGGAAUGUGUAUCCUCAUUUGAUACUUAAUGUCAAUUUACCGAGGAAAUUAAUAUUCAGAACAAAUUGACGAAUGAUCUGUGGAAAAUUUAUCGACAUUUGGAUAUGUACCACGGUCUAUUUGUGGAGAAACAAUCGCCCGUUAGUAAUUAAAUCCGAUUUUCUGUAUUGAGUUUCAACUUUGUAAAUUUCACACAACAAUUUCCCAAGAUGGAAAUAAGGCGAGGAUCUUUCAUUAAAAAAAUCAUCCUGAUAAUUUGUUUUCUACUGAUACUUUCUUGGAUAAUAUUGAACGAUACUUCCUGCCUAUUUGGGGGUAUCACACGGAAAAUAACGCUCCAGCGAAUCCGACUAACUGCAUUCCAGGAAAUUCAUUUGAAGCGUACUAUUGGGGAAAUUAAAGUCGAGGAGAUUCCAUUAGAUGAACUUCUGAAUGUUGAAGUUAAUGUAACGAGUAAAGUUCAAGUCGUGCCUUUGUGGACUAAUAACGAUAGUUUGACAGACAGUAUCGAUGUAUCACCUAAAUACAGAGUUCUGAAGCAACAGGGACUGGUACCUACUAGACAAUUACCAAGUGCUUUGAUUAUUGGGGUGAAGAAAGGGGGAACGAGAGCGCUUUUGGAAUUUUUGAGGUUGCAUCCGGAUAUUCGAGCCGCGGGCUCUGAAGUUCACUUUUUCGAUCAUCAUUAUCCGAAAGGAUUCCAUUGGUACAGGCACCGAAUGCCGCCGACUCUAGAAGGCCAAGUGACAAUGGAGAAAACCCCCUCGUACUUCAUAACAGUGGAAGCGCCGAGAAGAGUUCAACUCAUGAACCCAGGCACAAAAUUGAUUGUCGUUGUUCGGGAUCCCGUGACGAGAGCAAUCUCUGACUAUACUCAAGUCAAGAGUAAGCGUCCGAACCUCCCGAAAUUUGAAGAGAGAGCCUUUGUCAAUGGCUCACAAAUCGUCGACACUAACUGGGCUCCACUGAGGAUUGGAGUAUAUUCGCGAUAUUUAGAACGUUGGCUCCAGUAUUUCCCCCUUUCUCAGUUACUUUUUGUAUCGGGGGAGAAACUGAUUGCUGAUCCAGUGUUUGAGAUUACAAGAGUUCAGGAUUUUCUGGGAUUGAAACGAGUGAUUUCCGAAAAACAUUUUUACUUCAAUUCGACGAAGGGGUUCCCUUGCUUGAAGAAGUCUGAGCGGAGUGCUGCUCCUCAUUGUUUAGGAAAAACCAAAGGUCGAAGUCAUCCCCACAUUGAGCAAACAGCAAUCGAGCGACUACGGGACUUCUACCGACCCUUUAAUCAACGAUUCUAUCAGCUCACUGGCAUAAAUUUCGAGUGGACUUAAUGAAUAAUCUAACUGAUGCUAUUUUACGUACAAUUAUUACUUUCUAAACAUAUCCUAGAUUAUCCAACGAAAGAGCAACUGUUCCCUUCUCCCCCUUACGAAAAAAUUCUACAGGCUCAUUCUCCUCCAGAAGGAUUACAGAAAUUUUUCAUACUUCUUUCACCUGUUCCAUUCUGAUACUAUCGAUUCCGUUCAAUAAUCCCUGAUCCAUACUCGAGGGGACAAACUAUAAAAAGUACUGUAAAAAAAUCAUAUCACGCAAUCUAAGGAAAAUUCAUCAAUGAAAAGAGAAGAAACUAUUUGCACGCUUUUGCUCAAUGACUACAUGUACAAAAUUAUUACUGUAAAUAUCACAAAGAAAAUGAAAUUGUAAAUAGCCAGAACAAUGCGGAUAAGUAUUUGGUUUCGUCGAGUUUGUUAACUCCAGUCGAACCUAGCUAUAUCAAAUAGACUGAUGCAUAUAUUUAGGUAAAUCAUUGUAGGAAUAAAUGUCAGUACGCAUCAAACAAGAUGUAGUUUUUGGAAAUAUAUAUAUUUCUGUCAACAGAAUAAACGACAUUGUGUCUCUUUGCG